AUGAACACCAGCAGCCACCCUCCUUCUAACGACAACCCACCGCGAGCGUCGCUUCUUGGCCUCCCAACCGAGCUACGCCUCGAGAUUUACGACUACGUCUUCGCACCCUUCGAGCACCGCCAACGAAAGCCGCUCGUAUACUACGACAAAAGCAGCCAGAUCCGAGGCCCGAAGCCAGGUCUAUCAAUCCACGUCUCCGACAACGGUCAAGAGCAUUGGUUUGAAUUGGUAUUCGCACUCACAGGAAGCGCAGAGAAGCAGCAGGAAGAAUGCGAACAUUAUACUGCUCUGUUCUCCGUACCGUGGGUCUGCAGGCAGAUACGUGCUGAACUGAGGAAUCUUGUUCUUGAAGUACCGCCUAUCAGUAAGAUCUGCUUUAUGUUUGCGGACUUUACACGAGGGGAUAUGGAAAGAUUUGUGGAUGCUCUUGGCCAGGAGAAUACGAAAUGCAUACGCAAAUGGAUCAUGAACGGAUCUGGAAAAUGUUUUCAUCGGCAAUAUCGCGAGGGACACCUGUUCAAGGGCUGGCAUGGCGGGCCAGGACCGUGUUCGUUCUUCGAAGACGGCGUGAACGAAUGCAACCGGAGGUGUAUACAACUCGACCCCCCCCUACAAGACUGGAAAGUGCAAGAGGCAUGUUACGGUGGAAUUGGACAAGCAUGA